AUGACUGGAAAGUUGAAUGACUCGUCCAUACGAGUCAUUUUAUUUGUAAAAAUUACUAUGAAAUUAUGGAAUCUUAUAGCUUUCAAGAAUUUACUGCGCAGCAUCGAAAAUUUCGGGGCUGCUCUGGCCUACGGCAUCAAAUACUACGCAAGCGGGGUGCUCCAACAGCGGCAGUUCAUUCGCUUCGUCCAUCACGACGCAAUCGCUUUCGUGCUUCUCGAUGAUACUUUCACCUUUCUCCCUUUGAUCAAGGACUUGUACGAAAAUCAAACUAAAAGAUCCCUCAAUUACUUACAGAUGAUUGAAAGGAGAGAUGAGAUUUUCAAAAAUGCACCGAUAGCGCCCAACAUAACAGCAGCCAUUGAAUACUUCGACUCCAUCGGCAAAUACGCGGAAGAUCUUAGAGAGUUAGUCAAACAUCUACGUCGGCUUAUAAAAGAGUGGGUAGCAAAGGAUCUUUUGGAAGCCUAUAAUCAGCAAGUAUUAGGUUCAACAAUCUUGGUGUCUGUUCUAGUCAUAUCACCGAUCAUUAUCGUGCUGGUGCGAAAUGCUGUGGCUACAAUCCAGAUGUAUGCAGCACAUCUAGCUCAAAAAGCCAAAGAGCUCAAAAAAGAAAAACAUAAAAGUGAUAAUCUCCUAUACCAAAUGUUGCCACCAAGCGUUGCAAAACAACUUAAGCACCGAAGAAAGGUCUCGGCUGAGUUUUAUGAGUCGGUGACAAUUUACUUCAGCGAUAUAGUCGGAUUCACAGAAAUUGCUGCCGACAUCACGCCACACGAGGUUGUGACAUUCUUGAACGUAAUUUACAAGUUGUACGACGCCCGUAUAGAACGUUAUGAUGUUUACAAGGUUGAAACGAUUGGUGACUCGUACAUGGUUGCCUCAGGAUUACCUGACAAAAAUGGGGAUAAACAUGUAACAGAAAUUGCGGCAAUGGCACUGGAUCUACUCUAUGGUUCAGCAGAAGUGAAGGUCCCCCAUCGAGAUAAUGAGCGGCUGCAAAUUCGGAUUGGCGUUCAUACUGGACCAGUUGUCGCAGGUAUUGUGGGUUCAAAAAUGCCUCGAUACUGCCUGUUUGGAGAUACAGUCAAUACAGCAUCGCGGAUGGAGUCUACAGGCGAGGCGUUGAGAAUUCAUAUCAGUAUGGAGAUGAAACAAGCUCUGGAUAGGGUCGGAGGGUUCCGAACUGAACACAGGGGCUUUGUAGACAUCAAGGGAAAGGGUGUUUUGGACACAUACUGGCUGCUGUGCAAGGAAGGAGGUUCUAACCGUCUGGUGGAAUCACCGGUCUUUUUCGGUGACUAAUCGGCAUUGCCAAGGUACUCCGUUUGUGACACAUCAUUCCCGCUAAGAGGAUCAAUUUUCACAGAGGAUCCGACGUUAUCAUUUGCUCCUCUGGCGUUAGGACUUAUCUCGAUAUCUGCAUGAGCCCCAGAAAGCAUGGACUUACAUGUAAAACAGGCGUCACGUUGAAAUUGAGAUACGCCCUUGCGUCAGAGGAGCGAAGUUGUGUGCCUGUGUGGUGUCAAGGACACCAUUCUCAAAGCAGAUUCGUGGAUACCACGUUGGCGUCUCCUGGAAGUCAUAAAAUUUACGGCACACAUCAAGCAGAUUGGGACCAUCGAAACAUUCGAAACUAUAGGACCAAGUAGAUUCUACAAGCAAUUUUUCAUUCUCUGGAGAGACGCGAUUGAAGUCACAUUAUAAUAAUUGACUUCUUAUUAUUUUUAAUUUUUAUUUUCUGAGAGGCACCUCGAUGGCCAAAGUGCGAAACCGCAUAUCCUAAUUGCAAUGUUUUUAAAUUCACGCCGCUCUUUCAUUUUUUCGAAGAGAUACACAGACACGCAAACCCGAUAGCUUAAAAUGUACACAGAAUUCUAGGUGGCGGCAGCCACCUCGGCCCAAUCCUAAAAAACUCCC